AUAAUCAGCAGCUCUUGGCGCACAGAACGCCUAUUUACUCUCUCUCCUAUUCUCUGUUAUCUUCCUCCGAAACCCAGCUUCCUCUAUCUCUAUUCCUCGCACCAAAACUGACACCCAAUUUCAAGCGACUUAUUCAGAAAUGUCAAUGCCUCAUAUAUUUAAAAUAAAUGGCUAGUGGUGAUAACUUUAAGAAAGUGGCUCUUAACAGCUUCAUUGAUUGGUCACCAGGGCACUCUUAAAUCAACCACAAUCUCUUCUUAGCACUUCCUGUGUCCAUCUGUGGCCAUUUUUUCAUACAGCAACCGAAUAUUCUGAUCAUCAGAUGAUUACGGGGAAGUUCUGGUGCUUUGCCACGCCCCUAAAGUGUUCAUCUAUGCCAUUGGCUGUAUCGAGCACAGUGAGGAGACUACAUCCUCUUGGUGCAGUUUUUGCUGAGGCAUGUGAGUCCUCUGAUGUGCAUUCUGAACUGGAUAGUUAUCAGAAUUCACAUGACAAUGAGGCUUGGGAUGAAGAUGGAAGAGUUGCUUGCCACAAUUCUGAAUCUGAGGUGAUAUAUUGCACAGAAACUCUAAGGAGGCGGAGAAUAGGCCUAGCAAACAAAGGAAAAGUUCCCUGGAACAAAGGCAGGAAGCAUAGCCCUGAGACUCGUGCACGGAUUAAAGAAAAAACCCUUGAAGCCUUAAGAGACCCCAAGAUUAGAAAGAAGAUGUCGGAAGCUCCACGCUUGCACAGUGAACAGUCCAAGAGGAAAAUUGGCUCAUCUCUCAAAAAAUUGUGGGCAGAGCGUUUGAAACGAAAACGUUCAAAAGAAAAGUUCUUUUCCUCGUGGACUGAAAGCAUUGCAGAGGCUGCUAGGAGGGGAGGGAUCAAUGAAGAACAACUCAACUGGGAUAGUUAUGAGAGGCUGAAAGUUGAGAUGGCCUUCCAACGACUUCAAUGGGAUGAGGAAAAGGAAAAGGAAAAGGACAUGAAAAGGAUACGAGCAGAGAAGAAGGUACAGAAAAGAGUACAGAAUGUGACUCGGGUUGCACAAAAGAAAGUGGAGCACAAACAGAAUGAACUAAGGCCCAAAAAGAAAGGGAUGCGCAGUAGGAAAAGGAGAGAAGGAAAGGGAGAGGCAGCUGCUUCAAAGGAGUUAAACAUCAAGGACAGACUGGUAAAGAUAUUCGGAAAGAAGUCAAUAGACGGACCUUCAUGCAGUCAGAGUGGAACGAUGGUUUAUCUUCAAUCAGCACUGGAGAAAUUUGACAUUGAAUCCAUAAAAGCUCAACAGAGCCGUAGCACAGUUUCACUUGCAGACCAGAUUCAAGCUGCUAAGAGCAAAAGGCAGCAGAUUGUCACCAAUAAAUCUAACAUUAUAUCGACUCCACCAGGGUAAAUUCUUGGCCUUGUGAUGGGACAAUUUAGCGCGUAUCUUAUCCUAAUGCUGAGAAAGGUCUGAUUCCAGGUCAUGCCGUUUCGGGUCAGGUAAUGCAGGCCAGGUCAGUUUUGCAUUCUAACAAGGAUACCUCAAAAGGCCAUAGCAACACUAAUUUAUACGCUUCCAUGUUUGUUGCUGCAUGCCUUGGUUUAGGGCAUGUUAAACUAUGUACAUUUCGUUAACCGUACCUGGGAUUCAAACCAAUCCUUGCAUGUUUUUUUUUUUUUUUAAUUAAAGCAUAGUUAAUGAAAGCAUUUAUGUUUCAUCUGAGAA